GUCGGAACCGUUUUCGUGUAUUAUGUUUCAGUCGGGACAUAUUUUGAGGUAGAGCAAAUGUAGUUGCUUUCCUCUACCACGCUGAGGAGAUACUUCAGUCUUUAGUUUACCAUGCCGACUGACACAAAAAGAGUACGAGGCCCUGAAGUGUCACAAAGUUUGUCUAGGUUUAUCUGCAAACCAGAAACAACUUUACCCUCGGAUGGCACAAGAGCAGAUGGUAGAAAUCGUGAUCAAGUGGAUGUCCGACCGGUUUUUGUCCGUUGUGGACUUGUAAGCCAGGCAAAGGGCUCAGCAUACAUCGAGGCUGGAAACACGAAGCUGAUUUGUUGUGUUUACGGCCCAAAGGAAACGGAGCGAAAGGAUGAGACGGACAUGAAAUGCGGGAGGUUGUUCGCCGACAUGCGAUUUGCCCCAUUCUCCUGCCCAGAAAGGGGCUCCUGGAUCCAGGGUAGUCAGGAGAAGGACCUGUCCCUGAUGGUACUGGAGAGUCUGCAGCCAGCAGUGUGCCUCCAUAAGUACCCCCGUUCACAGAUUGACGUCAAUGUAAUGGUCCUCGAGAACAACGGUUCAGCCUUGGCCCAUGCCAUCACAUGUGCAUCCCUGGCCCUGGCCGACGCAGGGAUUGAGAUGUACGACCUGGUGCUCGGCUGCUCUAUUCGACAAGAUGGUGCCUCAUACCUGAUUGACCCUACUUUCCUGGAAGAGAGCGGAAGCAACUGGGCAAGUGGGGAGAACCAGGGAAGCCUGACGGUGUCUUUUCUCCCCAGCUUGAAUCAGAUUUCUGGCCUCCAGUCCGAUGGAGAGAUGGGUGAGGAGACUCUAACAGCAGGAGUGCGUACGUGCAUUGAGGGAUGCUAUAAACUCUACCCUGUGAUCCAGCAGGCGCUGGUCAAGGCUGUGCGUGGGGCAGCCCCACCCCCUUCAGAGAGCUGAGGGGCGAACACAGUUCUGUUGUCCUCGUCCUCCAGUUGUGCUUUAAAAAAAAAUGUUUAUUCGUGAUGUAUUUCAUGUAGUUUCAUUUCUGAACUUUGUCUCUUUUUCUUUAACCAAUAUACUUUUUAAAAUAUUAUCUGGCACUUCGAUAGAUUAAAAAUGAAGUACAUUCUGUAUGAAAUAUGUCUUGCCAUCAAUACAUCGUAACACAUUAUCCCAUAUCCCAUUAUUGAUUUGCAUAAAACAUUGAAAUUGGUUAUCUUGUUGACAUGAUCCCUAUUUGAUGCCAAUAACAUGGUUCAGCGUUGCUUCUCUUGGGUCUCUAUCCAAGUCCAUGGUUCAAAUGUACUCUUAGAAAUGGUCAUGGACUUAAUUGUUUUUAUUGCAGACAAAUGAGUAACCACAACCAAUAUGAAUAUCACCUUGAUAUUCAUUAAAAUACAGUGUCAAUAUAAGCCAAUUUUCAAAAUAACAAAAUGCAUAUAAUUGUAAAAUGAACAAUAUUUUUCAAUUGUCUGCUACACCUGGGAGGUGUGUUAAAUUGUAUUUACAGUUGAGGGUUUUAUGUAGCAGAAGAGGCAGUUGACACUGCAAAAUAGAUUGAAUACAUUGUUCAAUAUAAAUGGUA